UCGGAACAGACACGAACCGAAUGGUCAGCCAGAGAACGUGUAGUGUAUUCUAUUCUAUUUAUAUACAAAUAAUGCUAAUUACAUAAAAAAAAAGAUACAUCUUUUAAUAGAGUUAGACAUCAGUAUGGGGUGCAUUUUCAAGAUUCUCUUAGCUCUCGUAACUGUGUUCUUAAGUUUAAGCGCAGUUAAUUCACGAAUUCAAUUAAAACAACCUGAAGAAAUCAAUGUGGAACGUAUUCCAAAUGGUCCACCAUGUAUUUUGGAUAUAAACAAAGACCUACCUUUCCCUCAACCCCUUCAUCUUCAACCUGGAUCAACAGAAUUCUGGCCAGUGGGGUCUAAAAGUCAGUUACAAAUCCCCCGUGGAGAAAGCCUUGAACUACAAUGCACUAAAAAUUUUCGAUUAAAACCUUCCCACAAAUCUAUAAAUGCAACUUGUUCAGAAGAUAAGACCUUUAUAGUCAAUAAUGAAAAAGUACCUUUUCAAUUGCUCAAUUGUACAGCCCCGGUCAAGUACAAGGUUAGAGAGGCCAAUAACACAUGCGCCGCCAAUGCCAAUCUCUAUGAAAUCGGAUUCGAACUCAGUACUAAUCGAUUUAUCCGAACAAUAAGUAUUUGUCAUGACAAAUCGACUGUUAAUACUCUUUGGACAUUCAAUAAACUCAAACCGGAGAAUGUACACUUUCAAAAAUCUGUACAACGUUUGAAUUUUAGCAAGGCGGGAUUUUUUGAUAAACGUAAUAUGAAUCAUAUCUAUUCGAAAGAGAAUCAGAAAAAGGUUUUCGAAAAUCUUCUUGGAAGUAAUUAUGUGAAAUUUUUCGAUAAUCGAACACAAUUUUUAUCACGAGGACAUUUAUCUUCGAAAGCUGAUCAUAUUUAUGGAUCUCAACAGAGGGCGACAUUUAAUUUUUUCAAUGCUGCUCCACAAUGGCAGAUAUUUAAUGCUGGCACUUGGAGUGCUGUCGAAAAUGGUAUUCGAAGAUUUUUAGAAACUAAGAAAAUUGAAGUGGAUUGUUAUACAGGAACUUGGGGAGUUAUUUCGUUGCCUAAUUCGAAAGGUGAAUCAAAGGAUAUAUAUCUUACUGUGGAUGAAAAUAAUAAUGGUGAAGUUCCGGUUCCGAAAUUGUUUUACAAAUUGAUUGUUGAUACAAAAUCAAGUCCACAAAAAGGUGUUGUAUUGAUUGGUGUUAAUAAUCCUUAUGUGACAAUGGAUGAUCUCAAAGAAGACUAUUUGAUUUGUAAUGAUAUAAGUGAAUGGGUUCCGUGGAUUCGAUGGAAACGUGAUAAUAUUGCUAAGGGAUAUUUCUUUGCUUGCAGAGUGGAUGAUUUUAUAAGAGUUGUGGAUGAAUUGCCAAAAAGUUUGAAAAAUGUUCAUGAACUUUUGGUAUAGAUUGGAUUUUUUUUGUUUAUUUUAUACGAGUCAGAAAAAGUCAUUUAUUUUAUUUUAUUUAUUACUUUUUUAUUGUGAUUAAUAUGUGUAUAAUUAUAUGUUUUAA